AUGAUAAUUACAACGUGGAUUGUGUACAUUCUCGCCCGGAAAGGCAUGGGGCUCCCCUUCCCGCCAAUAACCAGCUCGGACAUUGAUGUUGUGGAAAGCGAGGCUGUAUCUGUAGUACAGCAUUGGUUGAAAAAAACAGAGGAAGAGGCUGCCCAGGGCAUAAAGGAGAAGAUGUCAACCAACCUUCCUCCCACCCAUGGCCAAGACAUACAUGUGACCAGAGAUGCGGUGAAGCACCAUCUCUCAAAGUCUGAUCUGUCAGCAAACCAGAGUCAGGAGGUGCUGGAGGAGAGGACAAGAAUCCAGUUCAUCAGAUGGAGCCGUACCCGUAUCUUCCAAGUGCCAAGUGAGAUGACGGAGGACAUCAUGCGAGAUCGAAUAGAGCAGGUGAGAAGAAGGGCUGUGUCAGCCUCCGUGGUGCCUGCCCCGGGGGGCACAGAGGGCUCUGGGCUGAGGGCCUCUUGCCCCUGGGCCGUGGUCUGGGUGCGUGGUGGGUAG